AUGUCCGUCGAGGGCGACAAUUUACCGCGCGGGCCCUGGGCGCAAUGGAUCCGUCUCAUAUGGUCCCUCUUCGCAACUCCCGCCCGCCGCGACCGCCAGGGCUGGCGCCCGGUGGCAUUGCGGCCGCCGUACCUCGCCGCACUAGCCUGCCUUACCCUCACCCUGCUGUUGGCCUUGGAAGGCCUUCGCCAGUACAGCGAUAAGGAGGGCGGGUUGGCAUUCUUUCCAGACACCGAUGAAGUCUCCGCCUUGCAGUCGUUCGGCUAUAACUACGUCCCGAUCAUUGUCGCUCUCGUGCUCUUCAUGAUCUGGACGGUGACUGAUUUCGACGUGCUCCGACUCGAACCCUAUUUCCAGUUGUCACAGCCACACGGGGCGCCGGCCAAUGUUCUAUUUAUCAACUACAACUUCGGCCAGACCAUCCUCACCCCGAUCAAUGCGGCGCGGCGCCAUCAUUGGGUUGUGCUAUGGGUCUCGUUGAUGACAGUGUUGAUUCGCAUGAUUCUUCCCGCCCUGCAAAGUACGGUUUUCGAACUCCGCGAAGUGACGGUUGUCAAGCGGGAGACGAUGCGCAGCUGGCCUCAUCUAGUCGACCUAGCCACUCAGGCAACCUGGAUGUCCACCCAAGCCAACAACACCGUCGACUCGGUGCUGUCUUCGGAUGAGAACCUACGGCGAUCUCGCUCCGCCAAUUACGCGAUUGCACCCGUGGAAAUCCCCGCCACCAUAGAGCCGGAGUCCACUCUGUGGUCUCUCAACCAGACCUUGUACUGGGCCCAGCUCAAAUGCCGGGACGUCAAGGUAGACGACAGGCUCUCGGUGACGAUCCACAAGCCCCAAAAUGGAUACCCUAGCGUUUCGUGGAACGCCACUGGCAUCGCUCUGCAAGACGCGAAUGGGGAUUCUACCCAGUGCAAACUGGACUUCCACUAUGAUACUGUGUUCUUCCCCGAGACCGACUAUCUGCAGGUGCGCUACUGGGAGCCUGUCGUCACCAAUGUCACACUGGCCGAAUAUCCACACAAAAGACACGCUUUCUCGUCAUCUGGGUGUGAUCCGUACGAUCUUUAUGGCAUGAUCAUUGCCAUCAAUGCCUCGCACCCAGACUCCGCUACUGCUCAAUAUGGUGCGACGGGUGUUGCCUUUGCCUGCGAUAUCACCUACCAUGAGGCGGAGGCUCAGGUUUCCAUGCAUUCCAAUAGCUCGAUCACAGGAAUACAGGUUGAUCAGGCUACCAUUCGGACGCUUACGGCCUCCCAGUUCAACAUCGAGCAUUUCCAGGCUCUCUUAUCCCAACGCUCGCCGUAUACCAGCGAUAUGCUCUUCAUCAGCGAAAAUACGACGACAGGAAGACGCACCGUCACGGAACUGCCAGUUAUCAGCGAGGAAUUGGGGGAUUUACAGCCGCUGUUGGUGCUGGAUACCUCCACUGUCAUGACCCAAGCCCAAUUCAAGGCCAAGAUUAAGCGUGAUGUGAAACAAACAUUUGUUCUCACCCUCGGCCGACUGUUUGAUCCCGGCCGCACACCAAAGAUCGUGCCUGCACGUCGCAUUUCGGAUCAAGUCGCCAUCGCUGUCGUGAGUUUUGCAGCGUUGGGUUCGGAGCUCAUUCUGGGGCUCGCAACUCUCACUGCGUUAUAUCUUCUCCUUCUGUACCGGUGGCGGGAAACCUUUCUCCAAUGUGAUCCAGGAUCCAUUGGUGCCAUGUGCAGUAUCGCGGCCGACAUCUUCCACCCAAGCAACAUUUUGGCAGAACCGCAGUUAGAAUUCCAUCAAUUCUCCACGAGACAACUACGGCACAUAUUUCGGAACGCUCGCUGCUAUUGGCGGCCUGGGCCCUCUGGAAACCGUAUGGAGAUACUCGCAGAAGAUGGCUCCCCCGUUCAACUCAAUGGCGAGGAUCUGCAAACACGCGUCGACCCCAUGCCACACUUCCUUGUUAUCCCUUUCUUUAUUGUCGAGUGUCUGGCCCUGGCGGCCGUCAUCAUUCUCAUGGGACUAGUCGUAUCUUCUCUCCUUCGGGAUGGCCGAUUCCGCCAUCUAACGCAAUCCGACUCAAGCACCUUCCAAGUCAUCCUUUCCUUUCUUCCUUCGGUAGUAGCGUCCUCGGUGAGUUCGCUAUGCACAUCCAUCUACCGCAACCUGAGUGUCCUCGAACCAUGGGUUCACCUUCAACGGGGCAUGGCCUCGGCACAGGCGUCAUUGUCACUUAACUAUUCCUCACAGAGCCCGUUUGCGGUGUUCUUCAAGGCUGUGCGCCACCGGCACGUGUUGCUGGGGCUGGUCUCCCUUAUAUGUGUCAUCAACAUGGUCUUGACAGUCGUUGCCGGUGGGCUGUUCACACAGCAGCUUACGGCUUCCACUCUUCCCACUGGGGAUCUAUCCAUGAACUAUAGCCAGUUCACCUUUUGGCAGACCGAUUUUGCCGCCGAAUUCACCGAAUAUGACCUCAUUCAAACUAGCAUCACCAGCGGCGUCCCCAUGCUGUCGUGGACGAGCCCCAACCAGUCUUUUAUUCCUGUCACCGUGCGCGACCCGAACCCCGAUAUUGUCUACGGGGCGUCGACCCUUGGCAUUGGGACAGCGCUUCAGUGUCGGCCUCUCUCCCCGGCUGAAGCUCUCGUCCGCAACAAAGGUGAUGGGCAUCAAUAUUGGCAGUACGCGCUGUUUGAGGAUCCUUCUGUCCAAUGCAAUGCAAGUAUGCCCACCCUACGGAGCAAGGACGAAGGGAUUGCUCUAUCUAUUCAUUUCCUAUCUCCGAGCGACAUGAAUGAUUCGGAUCGUUGCCAGACCUCCACUGUGCUAGUGGUCGGUCGUUGGGACUAUCGGGCCGAUACUCCAAUUACGGACCAGAACACCAUUGCGCUGCAUUGUGAACCUCAGAUCCAGUUGCAGAAUUUCACCAUCGGCUUCGAUCAGCGGGGCCAGAUUGAAAGCAAUAAACCCGUCGCAAACUCUUCUAUCACAUCGGGUACCAUGUUUGACAAUGCCACCGUGAGUCUUGGUCAGUUUAACAGAGUUUUCGCCGCUAUCCCCCAGAGUUUCGUAGGCAACACCACCUCUCAAAAUGGAAGUUACAAUAUCUCUUCCUAUGACUGGGCGGGUUUCUUGGUUGCGCGUCUCUAUGAGCGGGACGAACCGGGCCUUGAGUACUUGCACACAGAGCGUCUGAUGGACCUAACUCAGACGGUGUACCAAUGGGUGUACAGUACCUACUUCUCGAUUUGGCGUGAUAUUUAUCUUGAAUUCCUCCCCGAACCACUACCAGUCGCCAAUGCGACGGUGACUCAAAGCACCUGGUGUAUGGUGCCUUCGAUUCCUUCUCUCGCCAUCGCUCUCCUUAUCAUCGCACUCGACACUUUGGUGGUGCUAAUCGUCUUUGGGACUCGUCGCGGGCGGUUCCGUGGACCUCGAUUGCCGCGUUCCAUCGGAGCUGUUAUACCCUGGGUCGCGCACAGUCGGAUGCUCAAUGAUUUCCGGAAAACGCACACGUGGAGCAACAGUCAACGGCGCACUCACCUCUCCACCCUUAAUAAGCGAUAUGGGUUUCGUAUGUUUAUGGGUGCAGAUGCCCGGUGGCGUUUCGCCGUGGACGAAGAACCACCAGGCCCAGAGCCGCCUGAGGACCCGCCUGGAGACCAGGCGCCGGAAGGCGCUAAAACCACGUUCGUCCAGCUACAGGAACUUCGUCGGCCCCAAGAUCCGCUGUAG